AUGGCGAGAGAAGAAAUGGAUUUAACCUCCGUCAAGUCUGACUCUGACGAUCCUGGCCCCGUUGCUAAAGCGCCGCUACCGCACAGACAGUCUCAGCCUCGACCUCAGCCUGCCCCAUCACCAUCAAAUCGCCCGCUUUCAGCCUCUGCACGUGGGCAUUCCGUGUCAGUCAAUGCUGCGACACCUCCAAAGCCUGGUCGAGCGUCGGCACAGAGGUUCACUAGUUAUGAUGGGAAGGCGGCUUCCUAUCAGCCUAGAUCCUCUGCUGGCCCUUCCCAUAGCCAAGAUGCGAUAAGUUAUAGGACCCCGAAGAACCAGACCCCUAAAAGACUCGACUGGGCUACCGACAAGGUAGAAGAGUCGCUACGAGGGUUUUCUCGAGAGAUCGGCACCGUUGCGGCCAGCCUUACUGCUCGUCUCUUGCAUAAAUCAUGGAAGAGGGACGCGCCAGAGCCGCGGUUCGUCAGCAAGAAAGAUUGGUUUGCCGGUGUUAAGCUCGAGCCCGUGGAAGGCGGCACCAAAUCAUCCGACACCAUGCGCAUCAAGACAAAGCAGGUCGGUCAAGGCAGAUCGGGCAAGCAAGAGAAGCGGGAACACUUUCGUGUGGUAUGCAUCAAGACAAACCAGGAGCCCACGCCACCGUACAGCUUCCAUCACGUGGAGAUCCGAAAGAAUAUCCUCUCACCCAACACCAUGCUCACGUAUGUGCCGCAUCUACGAGAUCUGGUUGAUAAGGAGGAAGCUGUCUACCGUCGAUGGCUCGAAAACCUAGAGGCUAUGGACAAGACCUCUGGCUUUGCUACCUUGAGCAGGCAUGAAAAGGUGGUAAAGACCAUACAAAAGGAGCGUGCCACCAUGCUUCUCGAGCAUCUGGACACCUGGCUUGACAGGCUUGGUAUUGAGAACUGCACCAAGUCUACACUGAUUCGUAACAUGGCCACUCAGAGUGACGCAGUAACACCGCAGCAGAAGUCGAGCAUCUUGAACUCAUACAACGAUGAGUCUGGCUCCCCAAGGUCGGCAAAGGCAGUGAGGAUGUUCACGGAAGCAUUUGAUCGAGUUUUCAACUCUCACGCUUUGCGCGAACAUGCCGUGCCCUUACGCGACGUCUUACUGCUAGACAGAUCCGUGGAUACCAUUGUCGAUCCGAAGAAGUGGAUGAAGGAUACUCCAAGCCAGGCUAAACCUACCGAGGAGCAGAUGACAGUUGAAGCCUUCUUGGAAACUCAUGCUCUGCUCGGCUGCUUGGUGUGCACCAGCAACUCCUGCGAGCACGGAGAGUACGGUGUUGACAACGAAAGAAAGCGGUUUUCUGUCGAGGUAGUUGGCGGCCUGUCACCUAUGCUCCGUCAGCAACUGGCACAGAGGUCCAAGGUCUCCAAUGGUGAAAGGCCGGCGGCUCGACCUUGCAGUGACGAGUGCUUUCUCAAUGGAAAACCAGGAACUCGUGCUCGUGCAUGGAACGACACCGAGGUCAUGCUUCUUAAAACAUUCUACUCGAUAUUCUACGGAACCAGCGUACUUGUGCAAUGUGCAACUGCUGCUGCUACCGGUAGGCCUUGCUGGGACGUCCAGAGACAGAUGGAUAAGCUCGAGCUGUCUCUCCCAAAAGUAACCCAGGCUCCACCUAUCCCGGUCAAGCCGCUGCCUUGGUAUGACCGGAAGAGGAAGAUGCUUGUAGGGGACUGGCAAGAGCAUACAAAUACCCACGAGCAUCAGCGGAAGGACCACUUCGAUCCGUGCCAUCAUGAUGGGCCUUGCGACAGGAACUGUCCUUGCAUUCAGAAUAACAUCAUGUGUGAGCGUUUCUGCCGCUGCACAUCGGAGACCUGCGCCAACAAAUUCACGGGAUGUGCAUGUCACUCGCUCGGAAAGACCUGCCUCUCUAAGCAGAAAGAUCGGCCUUGCAUAUGUCUACAGCUCAAUCGUGAAUGCGACCCAGCCCUGUGUGGCAGCUGCGGUGCACUCGACAGGGCGAUGCCGGGUAAUGCCGAGAACGACGUGCUGCAUGCCACCGGGUGCCAGAAUUGCCCUCUUCAGCGAGGAAAGUCGAAGUCGGUUGUUCUUGGAAAGUCCAAGAUUGCCGGGUAUGGCCUCUUCACAACCGAGGACAUUGCUCAAGACGAGUUCGUCAUCGAAUACGUUGGGGAACUCAUCAGUCAAGACGAAGGUGUCCGCCGUGAGGCACGGCGGGGAGACGUAUUUGAUGAGACGUCAAACUCGUCUUACCUCUUCACUCUGCUGGAGAAUGAAGGUAUCUGGGUCGACGCCGCAAUCUAUGGCAACCUGAGUCGAUACAUCAAUCACCAGGGCUCUAAUUGCAACGUCACUCCCAGGAUCAUGUAUGUGAAUGGCGAGUACCGCAUCAAGUUCACUUCCUUGCGAGAUAUCAAGGCUGGCGAAGAACUAUUCUUCCAUUACGGCGAAAACUUCCCUAAUUUGACUAAGAAGCUCUUGCAAGAAGAGAAAGCCGAGAAGAAACGACGCAAAGCCAAGGAAGAGGCCGCUACUGCAGAGAAUGGAGAAAAGAUUCGAAAGAAGCCCGGUCCCAAACCAGGGAAGAAGCGAGGGCGCAAGCCAGGACCGAAGCCGAAGAAGAAGACGUUUGCCAAACUCGACUCGGAAGGAGAAGAAGACGAAAUCAUGGACGACGUUCUGGAUGACCCCUUCCCUGAUAUCGUGAUCCCUAAGCCACGCAAACGCAAGCGUGGUGGCGCCGAUGAUGAUGACUCCGACGAGGGAGAAUAUCAGCCUGAAGUUGCCGACUCCCAAGAUACUCAAUCCGGGGUUGCGUCAGCGGUGCUAUCCCGAGGUCAAUCGCGCUUCAGAAAGACAAUGCCGGCAAGAAAGAGCUACAUAGGUUCUGAUGCCAUCCUGAACGGGGCUACGAGUAAUAUAUACCUAGACCAGGAUGGUGAGGACGAUGUUGACUUAACACCCAAGCGUCGUGGUAAGAAGGCACGAAAGCUAGUCGACGAAGCUUCCACCCGGGGCCCAUCCGAGAAUGCAGGGGCUGCAGGAGCUCAACCGGCGGCAACACCGAAACGCCGAGGUAGAAAGCCAAAUUACCUCAAGGAGAAGGAACGUCUCGAGGCUCAAGCAAAGGAGGAGAAAGCGACCUCAGUCCCAGGGAGCCGCCGAAGCAGUACUCGAGGGAGUGCCCAGGGUAGUAGCUAUUUCAGACACACGCAGGCUCGCCUGGAACUGAAUACCGAGUCGGCCGCCGGUGAGGAUACUCCAUCUCGCACCAAGGCUCGCCGUCACGCCAAGGAGGUGUUAGACUCUAGUCCACUCUCAACACCUGACUCGGCGCUUCAUUAUCGGGGGGCGGGAGCCGAGAUCUCUGACUCCGAAGACGCGUAUACGCCUAGGCCAGGUCGCAAGAAGAAAAGUAGGAGCGGCGAUGACGAAUAUAAUGGGAACAGCUGGAGCGAUAGUGACGGUGUUAGACACCAUGGCGGAGGGGAGGAUACCGACGAUGACUCCUUUCCGGCAGGGCGAAGACGAAGACGCCGGCCAGCAAGGUACGAUGACUAG